CAAAAGAGGAAGCAGGGCAUUCUGCUUCAGUCUCUGUACCUGUCUCUAUCCACUUGUCCAUCCCGAGGUAGGUCAGUCAGACCUAGAAGAGGAAUCAACACUUUUGCGACCCUCCUCCUGCCACGUGAUCCAAAGUACAGGGCUACCUGUAUCCAUUUCUCUCUCUGCAAAGCACAGGGUAAGCCGGCAAAAUUUCUUACCUUGAGGACCUUGACAGGGAAGCGUCAGACGACGAGAUGGGUAGUGGAGCGAGCGCAGAAGAUAAGGAAAUGGCCAAGAAGUCCAAAGAGCUGGAAAAACAGCUCCAGGAAGAUGCUGAUAAAGAAGCAAAAACUGUCAAACUUCUGCUGCUGGGUGCUGGCGAGUCAGGGAAGAGCACCAUUGUAAAACAGAUGAAAAUUCUCCAUCAAGGUGGUUAUACAAAAGAAGAACAAAUAGAGUUUCGAUCUAUUAUUUUUGGCAACAUCCUGCAAUCUGCUAUGGCCAUCAUCAGAGGCAUGGAGAUGCUGGACAUCAACUUUGGGUCACCAGCAGCACAGGAGGACGGUCAGAAGCUCCAGAACCUGGCUGACUCCAUUGAGGAGGGCACCAUGCCUCCAGAGCUGGCAGACGUCAUCAAGAGGCUAUGGAAGGAUUCAGGUGUGCAGGCCUCAUAUGAGAGAGCUGCUGAGUACCAGCUGAAUGACUCUGCUGGAUACUACUUGAGUGAAAUGGACAGAAUCUGCAAACCUGACUACAUCCCCACCGAGCAGGAUGUGCUGAGAUCUCGAGUCAAGACUACUGGUAUUAUUGAGGAACAGUUCUCCUGCAAAGAGCUCUACUUCAGGAUGUUUGAUGUGGGUGGCCAGAGGUCUGAGAGGAAGAAGUGGAUUCAUUGUUUCGAAGGUGUGACUUGCAUUAUCUUCUGUGGAGCCCUGAGCGCUUACGACAUGGUGCUGGUAGAAGAUGAUGAAGUGAACCGCAUGCAUGAGAGUCUCCAUCUCUUCAACAGUAUCUGCAACCACAGGUUCUUCGCCACAACUUCCAUUGUGCUUUUCCUCAACAAGAAAGAUCUCUUCCAGGAGAAGAUCAAGAAAGUCCACCUGAGCAUCUGUUUCCCUGACUAUGAUGGUCCAAACACAUAUGAAGAUGCCAGCAACUAUAUCAAGGCUCAAUUUCAAGAUCUGAACAUGAAGAAGGGAGUGAAGGAGAUUUAUGCACACCUGACCUGUGCCACGGACACAAAGAACGUCGAGAUUGUGUUUAACGCUGUGACAGACAUUAUCAUCAAAGAAAACCUUAAGGACUGCGGUCUGUUCUAAACACUAUCUUUUUCAAAGAUCUUUCUGCACCAUCCCCACCUGCAUGAUUGGAAUUACUCUGGUGAAGUUGUCACAGUAACAAAAGAACAUCCACAGGUGGCAUGACGGUGAACUCUACAGCAAGCAGUCAAGUGUGGUCAGCAGAUCCCCAGCCAAAGAACAACCUCAACAACCUAACCAAACCUCAGAUACUAGAUCCAGAUUAGACUAAUGGCCUCUGCUCUCCAAAGGGACUCUAAAAACAUUUCCUGUCAAACCGCUAGUAGUCAAUGAGAGAAGGAUUACCAAAGAAAGGGGACUUUUGAUGCCGAGUUAUUGAUGCUUGUAGAGAAGCUUCCUCUCAAUGUGUUUUAAUGUUAAACCUAUAGAGGUUUGACUGUUCGCUGUUUUUUCCAUUCAUUUCCAAAAAAAAAGAAAACUAAAUUGAAUGCAAUUGAAUGUUGCUGUAUUAAAAGAAAUUGUAAUGCAAAAAGUGGGACCCCAUCAGAUUUCAUGGUAACAAUUAAAGACAUUCUUAAAUGUACAGCAUCUGGUCUCCUUUAAGAGAGUUAAAAUUUGCAUAUCAGCAGGACGUGCUUGUUUGAAUUAAACCAGCUCACACAAUAUAUGAAAGAUGUUUAUUUUCAGCCCCAAACACAGUUGGGCAGUAUGUUUUGUAAAUAAGAGUAGGGGGGAAAAUCUGUUUCAAAAAAUAUUCUAUAUAAAAUAUAUAUGGAGACAUAAAUCUAUAUAUUUGUGAUACAGUAUUGCAGUAACAAGUGAAAAUUCUAGAAUGGCCUGUUGCUUUGUUUAAAACCUGAGGUCUGAAUUUGUGGAGAUGUUCUGGAAUGUAAAUGUAGGCACAUGAAAUAAAGACUUGCAUCAAUUCCACUGGUUGCUGGUGUUGAAUUACUAUUAUGUGCUGCAAAUGGCUGGCCAUUAGCUCUACUGUAAUUGCGCACUUUCACAAAACACUGACCUUACAUUGUUUUAAUUGGGAUUUUCAAACACUGACCAUUUGUGUCAGAGGUAAUUUUGAAUGAACCACAGUACAAAACACUUUUUGCUAAGGGUAUUAUAUAAUAAAAAAAGAGGUGUCUUUAUGACAGCUAAAAUGAGUAGUAAAGAUAUCUAACAAUCGUGAGACUACACAAAUAUACAACAUUCAGAGCCACGGGCACAAUCAGAGAAACAACGGGAAUAGUUGGAAAUAAAAGAGCCAAAGAUGGCAAUUGCACAUUUGAGGUAUUAGACCAGAUACACGGUGUCAUUAAAACAAGACAAAUAAAAUAUGUUUAGGUAUGAUUCUUAGUAAAUAUUUGUCUUCACCGUUUGAACAUCGAAGACUAAAAUUAAAAGAUAAUCUUGAAUCCAUUUAAAAAUAAAAGUUUAUUAUUUUCAACUCGUGUCUUGUAGUUAAUUUCUGAUCAUGAUAAUGUAUAUACUAUACUUUUCCUUAAACAAAGGUCAUUUGAUUAUAUAUGUAUUUUCUCAAAACUGCAGCAACUGGUGACAUUGUACUAGUGACGUGUACUAUGGACAGUUCCACAUGAUCAGAAAAGACAAAAACAAAACAAAACAGGUUUUAAAUAAUACUCAACAGAAGGGUGUUCAGAAAACUAAACAAACCAAGUUAUUAGCAUAUUAGUGUUUCAGUGCCAUCAUUAAUUAAUGUUAGUUGUUUGCUUGCAUUUUGAGUUUCAAAUAGCUGAAAUAGUUCAAUAAAAUAAAGCACAGUGAUACAGAAAAGAAAUCACAGAUUGUUGCAUGAAUCCAGACUGAGAACAUGAAUGUACCAGCACUGGAAUACCAUACUUUUUACAUAAUAUAUGGAUCAUGUCUGUCUUGCACAUGCUGGCUGUUUGGCAUGUUCUGGGAGCAAGAUAUUAUGGACAUCGAACUUGAUGUCAACUCUUUUCAGAUUAAAUACAGGUAUUACAAACCAGAUCACAUUGUGUCAGUUUGUUUUAAAAUACUGAAAUCCACAGGAUUAAACAGAAUCACAUCAAACAAGUCUUAGAAAAAUCUAUACUUAUCAAGAAUGCAAAUCUGGCAAUCAUGUUCAUGUUUUCAUGGCAUUUGUUCCCAAGUGCUCUUGACCCAACAGAGGGUCAUUAUUUCUGCACCAUUCAGGAAUGUAUCUGUGAGAAAAACAUUUGUUCACACUCCUCAAGAGAUACAAAAAUAGUGUGUUAUGCAAAGUGUUAUAUAAAAUGAUCCAUGUCUUAUUAGUGAAAAAACAAAUGGUGUCUUGAUACUGUGUGAUUGGGCUGUGAAUUACUAAAGGUAUGACAAUUAUAUAACACAAUAUACAUCUGAUAUGUAUACAAUUAUAUGCAAACUUAAAGACAGACCUAAAAAAAUUAUAAAUUAGCUAAGUAAUUACUAUGAAAAACAUGGCAAAAUAGUAACUUUCCCAUAAGAACUGAUACAUUGUUAUUAAAAUGACUCUUACUAAAAUUAAAUCUUACUGUUUGCACUUUGCAGUGUUGAAAAAAACAAAGAUCUUUGAUGCAGUGGAGGUUAGCAUAGGCACAUAUUACCAUCCAUUGUGGAUUAUGAUCUAUGCAUAGUGGUGUGUCAUGUAAUACCUACAACGGAAACAGGAAAUGAGCAGAAUGAAGCUGUAUUGGCAAUAAAAUAAUGACUAAAAGGAAGUGGCA